AUGGCUUAUAAAGCUGUGAAGAAAACCUGGGCUGCAAAGGCCAAACGUGGCCCUCGGCGGAGUGUACCUCUGCAGUUGACGCCUGCGCGGUUCGACCGGGAUUACCAGAUCCCGCAGAUCGAAGUCCUCGAUCGUUGGACGACGUAUAUUCAAGGUCCGCAAACAGCGGACAAGUACGCAGUACUGCCGAUCACGGAGGUGAUUCCUACACAGCGGCCUCCUGCUGGGGAACCCGAUGACCGGUUCCGGUCCUUUGACACUGUUCUUGUCAAGGGUGUCUCGAUUCGAAUGACCAUCAAUCACGCCGAAAGCGUUCGGCUCAUGGUCCAUGCUUUCCGGAACGGAAUGCGCGCUGGCACUUCAAAUAGUUCGCAGCGACCGUAUGCUGAUAGGCACGGUAUAUCCGACCCUCCGGUGAAGGGGCGCCCUGUGUCCGAAAUUGUUUUCGAUGUCAUGAGCAAAGAGAAGCUUAUGGGAAUGCCAGGAUGUGGGAAAUACGGGUUCCGCAACCUUGGGGUCCACGAUAGACCGUUUGCUGUCAGUCCCUUGGUCGACGGGCGGUUGGACUGGUAUGGUCCCGAUUUUACGGCUUUUACCAGCCGGUUCAGCACGGGUGAUGCCCAACCCGUUGGUAAGGUGUACGCGACGAUUAACGGCGGCAAGAUUUCGAGCGGCUCUUCUUCGGUGAAUGAGCGGCCGUUGGAGCUGUUUGUUGGGUUUGACUCACCCGGCUUCCAGCCAGGCUUGCAGGCAAGUGUUGCGUCUGGAGCAAUCAUGGCGAUGGACAUGAAGGUUUACUAUGAGUAA